GUCUGAUUGUUGCCCUGUCCCCUACCCCUGGCUCUCCUCUCUUAUCUAGCCAGCGUUUACUUAUGUCACGUGAUACUUGUUCCCGACUCCUUUGAGACGCUAGUUCUUUGGGUAUACAGAGACUACUCUGCAGAAUGUGUCGAUUAGCUCUGGAUUGGAGCGAACCAGGCAGACUCCAUGAGCGCCAAUCUAGCAAACAUCGCCUGCCAUUAAUACUUGUCCAAGAUUCGACGUUCUAGAAGGGAUUUCACAGCACGUAUGCAGGAUUCGAUCCCGGAUAUCUCGCAGAUCGAGGCUGGUAAUUGCUUGCACAGACAUAUAUCCGGAUGGAGAGGGUGGAUCACUUCAUCUAGAGGAAGGUCCGCAGUCCAAUUUCGCAUGCCAAACCCGAUCAAUUUUUGAGCACACAGAGACAAUUAGCAAAGGCAGAAAGAAGAAUGACGCGAUUACAUUCGGUCUGUAUCCGUGAUGUUUCCCAUGGCUGAACGUCGCUACGGUCUCAUCUCCUUCAAAAUCCCCGCUUCGAAAUUCAAGCCUGUUCUUUUGCUUGUGCAGAAUAGUGUCGCCACAUUAUUGUCAUCUAACCUACGGCACAAUUCUAGCAAUGGUUGAGGGCUGUGAUUUAGUAUAUGCGCCUAUGAUUGGAUCUGAAACGGGUAGUGAAAGAUCAGAGGCGAGCCUUCAUCAAUCUGCACGAUAUUUGCGUCAGAGCAUCUUAACUCCAUAAUCUCCGGAUUCGUGGCAGAAAUGCAGAAAAUCGACCACCUGCAACAACACCGCUAAAGAUGGAAGAUCGCAGAGAUAGCUGCUGCUCCCGCACAGUCUCAGAAUCGAAGAGUAGUCCCAAAUCCCAUGGUUCGCCUUCAGCACGCUUAAACAUUCACCCGGAAGAUGGCGUGCCGAAGGACGAUGCCGAAACCGCUCUCCUCAUCAUCGCUGGACACGGCUGAGCGAGCAUGCUGAUGAACUAUUUUAAGAGUGCAGGUUCUGUAAAACCCUGUUCGCACCUCAAAUACUUUGGAAUUUUGCCUCACUUCAGAAUGACGACCGAUUCGAAGAUCAAGGUUGCAGUCCUUGACGAUUAUCAGAACCUCUCCAAGUCAUACUUCUCCGCCGUCGCGCCCGACAGGCUCGAGUUCACCUAUUUCCCCAAUACUCUCCAUCCCAAGCACAGUGAAAGCGACCAUGCCGCGCUCGUAGAGCUUCUCAAGCCCUUCCCAGUCAUAUCCUCGAUGCGCGAACGCACGCCUUUUCCGGCUUCGAUCCUCAAAGCGCUUCCAAAUCUCAAACUGCUUCUAACCACGGGCAAGCGCAAUCUCGCCAUCGAUUUAGCCGCAGCUUCAGAGAUGGGAAUUGUCGUUGCGGGCACGGACGCGAAGCACAGCAUUCCGCCCUCAAAGUUCAAUCGCAUCAGACCCGACAGCACCACCACCCAUUGCUGGGCCAUGAUUUUGGGCCUGUCCAGACACAUUGCGAGAGACGACAGGAAUGUAAAACAAGGAGGCUGGCAAGGCAAUACGCUGGCCGUCGCUCUGCCGGGAAAAACGUUGGCUCUGUGUGGGCUCGGCAGGUUGGGCACAGCAGUAGGCCGUAUCGCUGUGAUGGGCUUUGGCAUGCGUGUGAUUUGCUGGUCAAGCAGCUUAACGCAGGAGAAGGCCGAUGAACAAGCAAGGAGUGUAGGGCUGGAACCUGGGGAAUUCGAAGUCGUGUCGAAGGAAGAGUUAUUCAAGCAAGCAGAUGUCCUGAGCGUGCACUACGUGCUCUCUGAUCGCUCCAGGGGCAUUGUGGGCAAGAAGGAGUUGGAGCUGAUGAAGCCGGAAGGGUUGCUGGUAAAUACGUCACGAGGGCCGCUUGUCGACAACGACGCACUGUAUGAUAUUUUGGUGCAAGGGAAGAUCGCAGGAGCAGCGCUAGAUGUGUUUGAUAUGGAGCCUCUACCUCUAGAUAGUAGGUGGAGGACCACGCGAUGGGGAGAGGAUGGACGAGCCGAGCUGCUGCUGACGCCUCACAUGGGGUACGGAGAGACUGAGACUAUUAAAGGCUUCUAUAAAGAAAGUGCCGAGAAUCUUGCUCGAUGGUUGAGAGGCGAAAAGCCGACUAUCCAGCUCAACUGAAUCAAAAUUAAUCGUUGUGCUUUCUG